AGGUAGGAAAAAGAAGAAAAUAAUGGAGACUAGAGAACGUGUAUGAGUCGGAGAAGAAGAAGGGAAGGAAAGGAAAGGAGAGAGAGAGUUAUUUUCGAUUCCUAAUAUUGGGAGAGAGAGACCCAUCAUACUCAGAUCUGACGACGAUAAUCUGUUGGAUCUGCGAUUUGGGGUUGUGAAAAUCCAAUUCCAAGUAAUCGAUGGACGAUUUCUCAGGCCUUUUAGGUUUGAAGCCGCAGGGAAAAUCAGCUCCGAUGGCGCCGUCUUCGUCGUCCCCAGCGAGGAACAAGUCCGAUUCAUCGCCCCUCUUCGACGAUCUGAGCGGUGGCGACGAUCUCCUCUUCAGCGAUUCGCGAUCUCAGACUAAGCCCUCUGAUUUUGACUACGAUGCGAUGUUCAAGGAUCCCAAACCUGUCUACGACAAGCCUGUGUACGACGAGGAGGACGUCUUCGAAUCGCUUAAAACCCCCUCGGGUGGUUCUCAAUCGGCUAGGUUUGAUGACCUUUUCUCCUCGCAUUCGGUGCACAGGAAGAACAACUCCUCUCCUUUCGAUGAUCUGAUUGGGAAUCUGAGCAAGCCGGAGAGUGAAAAACGAGAUGAGAAAGGUAGCUCGGCUUUUGAUGACUUGAUUCCUGGGUUUGGUCGCGCUAGCUCCCCUCCAGCUAAACGGCCAACUUCAGAGACGAGUCAUCCUCAGAAACCUCCGUAUAGGACAUCUUCCAAUCUUGCAGAAGAUCCAUUUGUGGUCUUGGAGUCUGCAUCUACCCCUAGAGAACCUCCUCCCUCAGGAGGGUACACUGAUCCUUUGGAUGAUAUUGGUCUUUUCAACAGCAGAAAGACUGAUCAUUCUUUUGCUGAUAUUGACCCUCUCGAUAGUCUUGGCAAAUCAGGGCCAGAUGUGAGUAGUAGAGACAAAAGUCACCUGAGACCAGGCAACGGCAGUGGCUCUCAGUCACCGGUGGAAAGUUCCCACACUGGGAGUUACCAUGGUAAGAAAGUUUCUUUCGAUGAAGUUUUGGAGCCGCAGAGUACUUCUGUUCCUCAUGCUACUGCUCCACCGUAUGAAAACAAAUCACUCAAUUCAGAUGGGAGUUUUGACUUAUCUGAUGAUGUCUGGCUUACUGUGUCUGAGAUCCCUCUAUUUACGCUGCCUACUAGUGCUCCCCCACCUUCCAGACCUCCACCACCAAGACCUACACGUCCCAUGAAAAAGAAGGCUAACGAGCCUCACUCACAUGUUCGUACCUCAGCUAGAGCUUCUGUAAAUAGCCCUACAGCAGCAUCUCAAAUGGAUGAUCUUGACGAUUUUUCUAUGGGCAAAAAUCACACUGCUGCUAAUGGUGAAGAUUCAGAUGGUUACUCUACUGCUGUUGCAUCAGCUGCUGCCAUGAAGGAUGCCAUGGAUAAAGCAGAAGCGAAGUUCAGGCAGGCUAAGGAAAGGAGAGAGAAAGACAAUUUGAAGGCAAGUAGAAGUAUGGAAGGCGAUCCAGUGGACAGUUAUGAUUCUCGGGAAAGGGAACUUAGAGAAAGGCAAGUGAGGUUGGAUCGUGAAAGGGCAGAGAGGGAGGCAGAGAUGGAAAAAGCCCAGGAAAGGGAGAGAGAGGAGAGAGAGCGGAAAAGGGUUGAGAAAGAAAGGGAAAGGCUGUUGGCUAGACAGGCCGUAGAGAGGGCUACAAGGGAAGCACGUGAAAGAGCAGCCUCUGAGGCACAUGCGAAAGCUCAAAGAGCUGCUGUUGGAAAGGCUAAUACAGAUGCCCGAGAACGCGCCGAAAGAGCAGCGGUUCAAAGAGCUCAUGCUGAAGCACGUGAAAGGGCAGCUGCAGGGGCAAGGGAAAAGGCUGAGAGAGCCGCAGCAGAAGCUAGAGAAAGGGAACUUUCUGUAGCACGGGAGAAGGAAGCAAAGGUUAAGGCAGAACGAGCUGCUGUUGAAAGGGCAGCUGCCGAGGCACGUGCAAGGGCAACUGCUGAGGCACGUGCAAGGGUAGCUGCGCAAGCUAAAGCUAAGCAGCAAGAGAAUAACAAUGAUCUUGACUCCUUCUUUGACUCGGUUUCCAGACCAAGUAGCGCUCCACGACAGAGAACCAACCCUCUGGUUAGAUUUGAUAUCUACUUCUUUCUGCUUUAUGUUAUUAAGAAAGGGCAUGAUGGUGUGGAAGUUACGGAGACUCAGGAUUUUACCCAAGUUUUCAUUGGAAAGGUUCCCAUCAUGCUCCGGUCUACUUACUGUACCUUAAAUGGGAAUUCGGAGAAAGAUUUGACAGAGCUUGGAGAAUGUCCGUUUGAUCAGGGCGGAUACUUCAUUAUUAAUGGCAGCGAAAAGGUUCUGAUUGCUCAAGAGAAGAUGAGUACGAACCAUGUUUAUGUCUUCAAGAAGAGACAGCCAAAUAAGUAUUCCUAUGUCGCUGAAGUCCGUUCCAUGGCGGAAAACCAAAAUAGACCUCCGAGCACAAUGUUUGUGCGUAUGCUCUCUGGCUCGAAAGGGGGUUCAUCUGGACAGUUUAUUCGAUGUACUCUUCCAUAUAUCAAGAAAGAAAUUCCUAUUAUCAUAGUAUUUCGUGCGUUGGGAUUUGUUGCCGAUAAGGACAUAUUGGAACGUAUAUGCUAUGAGUUUGGAGAUACUCAGAUGAUGGAGUUGCUCAGGCCUUCCUUGGAAGAAGCUUUUGUGAUUCAAAGUCAGCAGGUUGCCCUUGACUAUAUUGGAAAACGUGGUGCGCCUGUUGGUACAUCCAAGGAAAAGAGAAUAAAGUAUGCGAGAGAUAUCCUUCAGAAAGAAAUGUUUCCUCAUAUAGGAGUCGGGGAGUUUGAGACGCCGAAAGCUUACUACUUCGGGUACGUAUUCAGCUCACUCUUGUUCUUUGAGUUUCAUAGUGCUUUGUGUUUCUCAUAUUAUGCAAUAACCCUCAGGCUUAUCAUACACCGGCUGCUGCGUUGUGCACUUGGCCGAAAUCCAGAAGAUGAUAGGGAUCAUUAUGGUAACAAAAGGCUGGAUCUUGCUGGUCCUUUACUUGGAGGGCUGUUUAGAAUGCUUUUCAGAAAGCUAACGAGGGACGUGAGAUCUUAUGUUCAGAAGUGCGUUGACAAUGGCAAAGAAGUCAAUCUUCACUUUGCCAUUAAGGCUAAAACAAUUACCUCUGGCUUGAAAUAUGCUCUUGCUACUGGGAACUGGGGCCAGGCAAACGCUGCUGGCACAAGAGCUGGAGUCUCUCAGGUUCUAAAUCGGUUAACAUAUGCCUCCACUUUGUCACAUCUGAGGCGUCUCAAUUCUCCUAUUGGGCGUGAAGGAAAAUUGGCAAAACCAAGACAACUGCACAACUCACAAUGGGGUAUGAUGUGCCCUGCUGAAACACCUGAAGGACAGGCUUGUGGUCUAGUGAAAAACUUGGCGCUCAUGGUCUACGUUACAGUUGGGUCAGCUGCUUAUCCCAUCUUGAUAUUUUUGGAAGAAUGGGGACUUGAGACUCUCGAGGAAAUAUCCCCAGCAGAUAUACCCCAAGCCACAAAAAUCUUUGUCAAUGGAAAGUGGGUUGGAAUUCAUCGAAUUCCUGACAUGUUGGUUAGAACGUUGAGACUUUUGAGAAGAAGGAAUGAUAUUAACACUGAAGUCAGCGUUGUUAGAGAUAUUCGUCUGAAAGAGCUCAGGAUAUACACUGACUAUGGUCGCUGUAGUCGUCCCUUGUUUAUUGUGGAUAAUCAGAGGCUCUUAAUAAAGAAGAAAGAUAUAUACGCUCUGCAACAAAGGGUAAAGUUUAUAGUCUUUCGUUCUCAAAGUACGUUUUGUUGUAACUUCAGUGUACCAAUACUCGUUUUCAUAACGCAGGAAAGUGCAGAAGAAGAUGGUUGGCAUCAUCUACUUGUAAAGGGGUUUAUAGAAUAUGUAGACACAGAGGAAGAGGAGACUACUAUGAUAUCCAUGACUAUCAAUGAUCUGGUUCAAGCUAGGCUCCGUCCCGACGAGGCAUAUUCUGACACUUACACACAUUGUGAGAUUCACCCUUCUUUGAUAUUGGGCGUGUGUGCUUCAAUCAUACCAUUUCCCGACCAUAAUCAGUCACCCCGUAAUACAUACCAAUCUGCUAUGGGAAAGCAAGCAAUGGGAAUAUAUGUCACCAACUACCAAUUCCGCAUGGAUACCUUAGCCUAUGUUCUAUAUUACCCUCAAAAGCCGCUGGUCACCACAAGAGCUAUGGAGCAUCUUCACUUUAGGCAACUUCCAGCAGGAAUUAAUGCUAUUGUUGCCAUUUCUUGCUAUUCUGGAUAUAAUCAAGAAGAUUCUGUCAUUAUGAACCAGUCUUCAAUAGAUCGUGGUUUCUUUCGAUCCUUGUUCUUUCGGUCUUACAGAGACGAGGAGAGAAAAAUGGGAACCCUUAUCAAAGAAAACUUUGGGCGCCCAGACAGAGGAAACACACUGGGUAUGCGACAUGGUUCGUAUGAGAAACUGGAUGAUGAUGGUCUCGCACCUCCUGGUACUAGAGUUUCAGGUGAAGAUGUAAUCAUUGGGAAAACCACUCCAAUAUCUCAAGACGAGGCUCAAGGACAAACAUCACGAUACACCAGACGUGAUCACAGUUUAAGCUUGCGUCAUAGUGAAUCUGGCAUGGUGGAUCAGGUGUUAUUGACCACAAAUGCAGAUGGUUUGAAGUUCGUGAAAGUGAGGGUUAGGUCCGUUCGUAUUCCUCAAAUUGGAGACAAAUUCAGCAGUAGACAUGGUCAGAAGGGAACUGUUGGCAUGACAUACACACAAGACGACAUGCCUUGGACGAUUGAAGGUGUUACUCCUGAUAUAAUCGUGAAUCCACAUGCUAUCCCGUCUCGGAUGACAAUUGGACAGCUCAUUGAGUGUAUCAUGGGAAAAGUGGCAGCUCAGAUGGGUAAAGAAGGAGACGCCACUCCCUUUACAGAUGUCACGGUGGACAACAUAAGCAAAGCUCUCCAUGAUUGUGGGUACCAAAUGCGUGGAUUUGAGAGAAUGUACAAUGGUCACACAGGCAGACCACUCCCAGCGAUGAUAUUCAUUGGACCAACCUAUUACCAAAGGUUGAAGCAUAUGGUUGAUGACAAGAUCCACUCUCGUGGACGAGGUCCUGUGCAAAUCUUAACAAGACAACCGGCUGAAGGACGAUCCCGUGACGGUGGACUGCGUUUUGGAGAAAUGGAGCGAGACUGCAUGAUUGCUCAUGGUGCUGCUAGCUUUUUGAAAGAGAGGCUGUUUGAUCAGAGCGAUGCGUAUAGGGUACAUGUGUGUGAAACCUGUGGGCUCAUCGCCAUUGCAAACCUGAAGAAUAAUACUUUUGAAUGCAAAGGUUGCAAGAACACAACAGAUAUUGUUCAGGUUCACAUACCAUAUGCUUGCAAAUUACUGUUUCAAGAGCUUAUGUCAAUGGCGAUUGCGCCACGGAUGCUUACUAAAGACCUGAAAUCAGCUAAAGGCAGGAAGUGAGGAGCUUUCUUGUACUCUUUGGCUCUCGUAUCUUUGUGAUAAAACUACAAUUCAAACUUGUGUAUCGUUUAUUUGGUAUUAAUUCUGAACUAGAAACUAGAAAC